AUGAGCUCACGAACAAAAAGAAAAAGUUACAAGCGAAACCAAGGGCGCUCCUCAAGUCGAAUUAGACUUUCAUCUCUAACAAUAUUCGCUCAACCACUGUGUCCUCCACAGAGAAUCUCAGAAGGCUUGGAAAUGGAAGCUACAAAGCAUCCUCAUAUUAUUCCUCAAUCAUAUCCUUGGCUUGUAAUUGCUGAUGGGAAAAAUCUAGAAAGGCAAACUUUGGUUAACAUAUCAAACAAUCAUUUUGACUCGGGGACAAUUCCUGAGAUGCAUAAUAAAUCAAUAUGCUCUAGCUCAAAGGAAUGGUUGGUGUUGAAAGAUAUUGACUCAAUGGAUCUUUGCCUCUUGAGUAUUACAUCUAAAGAGGUGGUGAAGCUCCCACGGUUGCAACUCCCGCAAUUCGAUUUUAUUAACGAUUUGUAUAUUUGUAUUCUAUCCUCACCACCAAAUGAAACCAACCAUGAUUAUUAUGUAAUGUUCAUUGAUGGUUCCACAAGCAAAUUCUAUUUUUGUCAACCUGGAGAAAAGGAAUUUAGUGAACAAGUGUUUGAAUUUGAUUUGGAUGAUAGGUUGAAGAGCAUAGUUGCAGCAACGAUGUUUAGAGAGAAGGUUUACUUUUUGACAUGGUUUUCAGGACAACCUCCUAUUUAUGAAUUGUUUACUGCUGAAUUUGUGGGUUCAAAUCUUCAUUUCACAAAGUUUACAAGGGAGAACUUUCCUCAACCAUCACCUCCUGAAAUCGACAUAACCAAGGAAUAUCUUGUUGAAUGUGGUGGGAAGCUCUUAUAUAUUCAUAAGAUGGGGGGUGGAUGGAAUGGAACAAAGAUUCUUGGUUUUCUUAUUUUUCAAAUGGAUUUUUCUAGUCGAGUGUGGGUGCAAGUGAACAACAUAGGAGGGUGGACUAUUUUUCUUUCUCAGUAUCAUGGUUUGGAGCAUAAGGCUAUAUCUUGUUUUGCAGAAAAGGGAAUCAGACAAAACGCAAUCUAUUUUACAAAGUCUUUUGAUAGGUUGAUUUAUGUUUUUGAUCUAGAAGAUCAUAGUAUUUCAAAGUCAUUGUCUUGUCCCAUUGUAAGCAAAUAUAAGUCACGACUUGAUUGGGUUAUGGUUCCUAAUACAAAGCCAUAG